AUGGUUCUCAUCAAGAGCUUCGUGCUCGCCGCCGUGGCUGCCGUCGCGACUGCCAGAUCCGCCGUCAUGGACCUCACACAUUCCAACUUCGACAAGGUCGUCCUCAAGUCGGGAAUACCCACCCUCGUUGAAUUCUUCGCCCCUUGGUGCGGCCACUGCAAGUCCUUGGCCCCCACGUACGAGGAGCUCGCCCUCGCCCUUGAGCAUGCCAAGGACAAGGUACAAAUUGCCAAGGUCGACGCCGAUUCCGAGCGGGAGUUGGGCAAGCGCUUUGGAAUCCAGGGAUUCCCUACGCUCAAGUACUUUGACGGAAAGUCGGACAAGCCCGAGGAGUACAAGUCUGGUCGAGAUUUGGAGAGUCUGACCAAGUUCCUGACGGAGAAGGCUGGGGUCAAGGCCAAGAAGAAGCUGGAAAUGCCUAGCAAAGUUGUGAUGCUUACUGACAGCAGCUUUGCGGAGGUCAUUGGGAGUGACAAGAAUGUGCUUGUUGCGUUCACUGCUCCUUGGUGCGGACACUGCAAGAACCUGGCCCCUACCUGGGAGAGCCUUGCGGCCGAUUUCGCCAACGAAGCCAAUGUCGUCAUUGCUAAGGUGGAUGCUGAGGCUCCCCACAGCAAGGCCGUGGCCACCGAACAGGGCGUCACUUCUUACCCGACCAUCAAGUGGUUCCCCGCUGGGAGCAAGAAGGCCGAGAGCUACGAUGGGGCUCGCUCCGAGGACGCCUUCGUCGAGUUCAUCAACAAGGAGGCUGGCACUCACCGCGUUGCGGGUGGUGGUCUUGACCGUGAUGCCGGAACAAUUCCCGUCCUCGACUCGCUGGUUGCCAAGUUCAUCGAGGGCGCCAAGUUGGAGGAUACGGCCGCCGAGGUGAAGAGUGCCAUUGAGAAGCUCGGCGACGACGCCAAGUAUGCUUACGCCAAGUACUACAUCCGAGUCUUUGAUAAGCUGAACAAGAGCGACAACUUUGUCGCCAUGGAGCUCUCCAGACUCGAGGGCAUCCUGGAAAAUGGCGGCCUGGGCCCGUCCAAGCGCGAUGAGGUUCAGAGCAGGACGAAUGUUUUGCGCCGCUUCGUUAAGAAGGCUGCCGAGAAGGCCGAAGAGAUCAGGGAUGAGCUGUAA